CCUCCUCCCCUCGGCGGCCGGCACCAUGGGAUGUAAUAUGUGCGUGGUCCAGAAGCCGGAGGAGCAGUACAAAGUGAUGCUGCAGGUGAACGGGAAGGAGCUCUCCAAGCUGUCUCAGGAGCAGACCCUGGAGGCCCUGCGUGCCUCCAAGGAGCCCCUGGUGAUCCAGGUGCUGAGACGCAGUCCCCGCCUCCGGGGGGAUGGCUCCUGCCACGACCUGCAACUGGUGGACAGUGGCACUCAGACGGACAUCACCUUCGAGCAUAUCAUGGCGCUGGGCAAGCUGCGCCCACCCACCCCGCCCAUGGUCAUCCUGGAGCCGUUCGUCCCAUCUGAGCUCCCCCCCAUCAGUCAUGAGUAUUAUGACCCGGCGGAGUUCAUGGAGGGCGGCCCGCAGGAGGCAGACCGGAUGGACGAGCUGGAGUACGAGGAGGUGGAGCUGUAUAAAAGCAGCCACCGGGACAAGCUGGGCCUGAUGGUCUGCUACCGCACAGAUGAGGAGGAGGACCUGGGCAUCUACGUGGGAGAGGUGAAUCCCAACAGCAUUGCAGCCAAAGAUGGCCGGAUCCGCGAGGGAGACCGUAUCAUCCAGAUAAAUGGCAUGGAUGUCCAGAACCGGGAGGAAGCGGUGGCCAUCCUGAGUCAGGAAGAAAACACCAACAUCUCCCUACUGGUGGCCCGGCCUGAAAGCCAGCUGGCAAAGCGCUGGAAGGACAGUGACCGGGACGACUUCCUGGAUGACUUUGGCUCUGAGAAUGAGGGUGACCUGCGGGCGAGGAAGCUGAAAUCCCCUCCGGCCCAGCAGCUUGGACAUGAAGAGGAAAAAGGGGCCCCCGAGGUGGGCCCAGGCCUGCACAACAGCCAGGAGCUGGACAGUGGGGUGGGCCGGACAGACGAGAGCACCCGCAACGAGGAGAGCUCCGAGCAUGACCUGCUGGGGGACGAGCCCCUGAGCACUGCCAACACGCCUGGGCCCUUGCGCAAGUUCGGCCUGCAAGGGGACGCCCUGCAGAGCCGUGACUUCCACUUCAGCAUGGACUCCCUGCUGGCCGAGGGCGCGGGGCUGGGCAGCGGUGACGUGCCAGGCCUCACAGACGAGGAGUAUGAGCGCUACCGUGAACUGCUGGAGAUCAAGUGUCACCUGGAGAAUGGCAACCCGCUGGGCCUGCCCUUCCCCCGGGCUGCGGCUGGCCACGGCGCCCUGGACGUCAACCGCAACGAAAGCGCGGGCCACGAACUGGCUGUGCUGGAGGAGGAGCUGCGGCACCUGGAGUUCAAGUGCCGCAACAUCCUGCGGGCUCAGAAGAUGCAGCAGCUGCGGGAGCGCUGCAUGAAGGCCUGGCUGCUGGAGGAGGAGAGCCUGUACGACCUGGCGGCUGGUGAGCCCAAGAAGCACGAGCUGUCUGACAUCUCUGAGCUGCCCGAGAAGUCGGACAAGGACAGCACCAGCGCCUACAACACGGGCGAGAGCUGCCGCAGCACCCCACUGCUGGCCGAGCCCCUGCCCGAAAGCCCCCUGCGGCGGGCGGCCGCAGCGGUGGGCAACUCCAACCUCAACCGGACCCCCUCGGGAGCCCCUGGCGCCGCCCACCCCAAGGCUGCUGUCCCUCCUCCCCCGGGGAGCCCCACCAAGUUCCGAUCCCUCUCCAGGGAUCCCGACGUGGGUCGGAGACAGCACUCGGCCGAGGAGCGGGUCCGCCAUGGCCCCAAGAUGGGGGUGGCCCUGGAGCGCGUGGGCCCUGAAGGCAGCCCCUACCUGUCACGGCGCCACCGCAGCCCAGGCCAGGAGGGCGAGCACUACCACAGCUGCCUGCAGCUGGCAGCCCCACGCGGCCUCGAAGACCUGGGCCCCGGCCCCUUGAGUGUGGCUGCCGGCCCCCGGGUGGGAGGAGGGGCCGCGGCCGUGGCCCCUGAAGUGUCCCGCACGGAGUGGAAGGUCAAGGUGCGCAGCGAUGGGACCCGCUAUGUGGCCAAGCGACCCGUGCGUGACCGCCUCCUGAAAGCCCGGGCCCUGAAGAUCCGUGAGGAGCGCAGUGGCAUGACCACCGACGACGAUGCAGUGAGCGAGAUGAAGAUGGGCCGCUACUGGAGUAAGGAAGAGCGGAAGCAGCACCUGAUCCGGGCCCGGGAGCAGCGGAAGCGGCGCGAGUUCAUGAUGCAGAGCCGGCUGGAGUGCCUGCGGGAGCAGCAGAAUGGAGACAGCAAGGCUGAGCUUAACAUCAUCGCCCUGAGCCACCGCAAGACCAUGAAGAAGCGAAACAAGAAGAUCCUGGACAACUGGAUCACCAUCCAGGAGAUGCUGGCCCAUGGUACGCGUUCGGCCGAUGGCAAACGGGUCUACAACCCUCUGCUCUCGGUCACCACCGUGUGAGCACCCUCUGUGCUCCCAGGCGUGGGUCCAGCGAUCUGACCAGACCCCCGUCUCCCGCCCUCCCUUAGCAUCUAGCGUAUGUGUGUGUGUGAGCGUGGGACUUUGCUACCCAGAUAGAAGCCCCCGCAGAGAAGGGAUGCCUCUCCUCAUCAGCAACUUCCUUCUCCCCAGGGAGAGUGACCACAUCCACAGGUGGCCUGGGGACAGACCUGUAUCUGCCUCCCUUCAGCCAUAGGAUGUGUGUGUGUGUUUGUGUGUGACAUGAACCCAGGCACAUGUAUGCACACACACAUGUACUUCCCUCUAGAGUGGCUACUUGGGGACAGGGAAGUCUGCUGAAAAGGAGAGGCAAAGAAGACUGUCCUAAGCACAAGAGAAUGUCCAUUAUUUGUAGACAGAGGCAACCCUGAUUUUUUGUGGCUCUUUCCCUUUUCUGUGCUUGCUAAUUGUUUUGGUUUGUUUCGUUUUGUGGACCUGCUCUGGAGCCUGGCAGCUCCUUCAGGCAG